AUGAAACGGCACGAGGCCGUUCUCCGGUCUGUGGUAUUUGCUCAGUUUGGCGAAGCUGUCUCCGGUACCGCAUCAAUCAGGGCCUAUGGCCUACAAGAUAACUUUAUUCGCCGUAUCCGCAGCGCAAUUGACAACAUGGACAGUGCAUAUUUUCUUACAUUCUCCAACCAACGCUGGCUAAGUGUUCGGCUAGACGCAGUCGGCUGUCUCAUGGUUUUUGUUACUGGGAUAUUGGUCGUAACAUCCAGGUUUGAUGUUGAUCCUAGCAUCUCUGGUUUAGUAUUGUCUUUUAUCCUCGCUAUCUUCCAAAUGCUGCAAUUCACCGUACGGCAGCUGGCUGAAGUCGAAAAUAACAUGAACGCCACAGAACGAAUCCACUAUUAUGGAACUCAAAUAGAAGAAGAGGCCCCUCUGCACUUGCGUGAGCUAGACCAAAAUUGGCCUCAGACUGGAGAAAUAAUUUUCUCGGAUGUUCAGAUGCGUUACCGAGAUGGACUGCCUCUUGUCCUUCAGGGGCUAAAUAUGAAAGUUCACGGUGGCGAGCGUAUUGGGAUCGUUGGACGGACGGGGGCUGGAAAAUCCAGUAUUAUGUCUGCUCUAUUCAGGCUAACAGAGCUCUCCGGCGGAAGUAUCAAGAUUGACGGCAUCGAUAUCUCCACUGUCGGCUUAAAUGACCUCCGUUCCCGCUUAGCCAUCAUCCCUCAGGAUCCCACACUGUUUCGAGGCACUGUCCGGUCAAACCUGGAUCCUUUUCAUCAAUAUAGCGACCUUGAACUCUGGUCCGCGUUGCGACAAGCCGAUCUUGUUGGAGAAGAAAAUACCACUUCUCCUCCUGAGUCAGGAUCGGAGGAAACAGAGAAUGCGGCACAUAUACAACAACGUAUAAAAUUAGAUUCUGCUGUAGAGGAAGAAGGCCUCAAUUUCUCCCUUGGACAACGGCAGCUCAUGGCUCUUGCUCGAGCACUCGUCCGGAACUCCCGCAUAAUCGUUUGCGACGAGGCAACUUCGUCCGUCGAUUUUGAGACAGACCAAAAAAUUCAGGUAACCAUGGCCCAGGGUUUCAAAGGCAAGACAUUACUGUGCAUUGCCCAUAGGCUUCGCACGAUCAUCAAUUACGAUCGCAUUUGCGUGAUGGACCGGGGGCAAAUCGCGGAAUUUGAUACCCCGCUAGCGCUCUGGGAGGCCGGAGGCAUAUUCAGGGGUAUGUGUGAUCGAAGCGGAAUUGCGCGAGACGAUUUUUUUGCAUAG